UUUCUUUUUCCCCACUUUCUGGCCUAACCAGCAAACCUACAGCUACUCCUGAGCUCAUCUGAGAGAUUCAGAACACCAACAUGGAAAACUGUGUUGAUGUCAAAAUAGACACCAAGGGAGAAAGAAUGCCAAUGAAGCAGAAUCCACUGAGCACGGGUGGGAAGAGUUUCUGCAGAGCUGUGGGUUACCUCACUGGAGACAUGAAGGAUUUUGGAACCUGGCUGAAAGACAAACCUCUCCCGAUCCAGCUGCUUGACUGGGUGCUGCGUGGGAUAUCCCAGGUGAUGUUUGUCAACAAUCCCCUCAGUGGGCUGGUCAUUCUGACUGGCCUCCUGCUGCACAACCCCUGGUGGACACUCACUGGAUGUGUGGGAACACUUGUCUCAACUUUAACAGCACUUAUUCUGGGUCAGGACAGAUCAGCCAUAGCAGCAGGCCUGUACGGCUACAACGGGGUCUUGGUGGGACUGCUGAUGGCUGUGUUCUCUGCUGAUGGAGACUACAACUGGUGGCUCCUCCUGCCAGUGGCACUGGUGUCCAUGACCUGCCCUAUUUUCACUAGUGCUUUAAGCACAGUUUUCUCUAAGUGGGACCUGCCUGUUCUCACCUUGCCUUUCAACUUGGCCUUGACCCUCUAUCUGGCUGCUUCAGGACCACACAACCUCUUCUUCCCUACAACUGUCAUUAAUCCUGCCACAGCAACACCGAACAUCACCUGGGCAGAUGCUGAAAUCACAAUGCUCCUGCAAUCCAUUCCAGUGGGCGUGGGCCAGGUUUAUGGCUGUGACAAUCCCUGGACUGGGGGAAUUUUCCUGAUUGGUUUAUUUAUCUCCUCUCCACUCAUUUGUGUCCAUGCAGUGAUCGGCUCAGCAGUGGGGAUGCUGGCAGGGCUGAGCUUAGCAACACCGUUUAACCAGAUCUACCUGGGGCUGUGGGGCUACAACAGCUCUCUGUCCUGUGCUGCCAUCGGGGGCAUGUUCUUGGCUCUCACCUGGCAGUCACACCUCCUGGCCAUGGCCUGUGCACUCUUCACUGCAUACCUGGGAGCAGCAGUGACUCACAUGUUGUCUGUGUUUGGGGUGCCAUCAGGAACCUGGCCUUUUUGCUUGUCUGCCCUGAUCUUCCUGCUGAUGACCACGAACAGCUCUGGGAUCUGCAAGCUGCCACUCUCCAAAGUCACCUACCCAGAAGCCAACCGAGCUUAUUAUCUGAUGAUGAAGAAACAUGAGAGGUCUUGCUGUGAGCCAUAGAGACCCAGGAAGAGAGAAACUCAGCAGAUUUUAAGGCAAGAGCACGAGGUGUUUGCCCAGCAGACUGUGAUUUGUGUACUACAAUGCUCAACACCACCUUCUGUGUGGAGAGACUUUUCCCACCACAUCAUGUUUGCUCUAUUAAGAAGAUUUCUAUUAGAUAGGACUGUGCUGUGCUGGAAGAUCCUUUCCCAAGAUCAAUCUGUUGUGAUUUUAAAGCACAUAUGUCUGAAACUUGAAUUAUAAGCAAUGGGAAAAUGACUUAUAAGCUGAAAAGAAAAAUCUCUUUGUGAAAUUGAAGACACUGAAAUCAGACAUAAAGAAAUAAAGAGCAUCUUUCAGCACAUGAGGGGACUUCAAAUUAAUGACAGCAAUAGGAGGCAUCCUAGAGAGUUUCCUUGUAGCAGAGAAAUAGAAUGAAGAGCACUCUUUGCCAAAUAGAAAAUAGGUUGUGAAGAAUUUUACCUGGAGGACCUCUCAAACCCCGUGGAGAGAGAUGUUCAUUAGCAAUCAACAAACACAAGAUGGACAUGAUUUUUUGUGAUUUUUGUGUUAAUCUCAUGAUUUCUCUUAAUACUUGAACUUGGUGAUGGGUUAGCAAAGGGGGGGACAGCACGAAAGUCAUUGCUGUCCCUUUCCCAUGCAAUAAAAUAGCUCUGUUCAGUCAAUGCACAAAUAGAACUAAUUUGAGCUGA